AUGGCGAGGGGCACACGCACGAAUUGCCACUCGAUGGGAAGUUUCAAAUGUGAAGACGCCCCAUCAAGUGGUAACAUGACGACGACCUGCGGUUGCCUUCACAAAGUUGCAAAAAAAAGGAACCCCAUUUGUGAUUGUAGAGGUGGCCAUAUGCCCAAUUGCAACCAGUGCAGACUGUAUGACCUGUUCAGGCGAAAUAACAGAGCGCUGUCAGAGGCCUAUUUUACCCUUUUGAUGAACUCCUGCGGGAAUGACUUUCACAGGAGAGGUAGCAACCAGCUACGGAUGGACAAUAUGGUGCCAAGUGACCGCCCACCCGACGAGGCGUGCAAAGUUGUGAACGUCCGGAACGUGCUGGACAACCAGCUGGCGUCGAACUACAUAGACGUGGACGCGAGCCCCCAGUGGGUGCGCGGCAGCCUCCCCGACUGUGCGGUUGGAAGUGGUGAUGGGAAGAAGGAGAAGCAUACGCGUAAGCAGGAGCGUAAGCGAAAGGGGGUCAGCCGCUUGAACGGUGAAGUAGACCACUCGAAUGAUGGACCACCGCGCGAAGAGGACCCUAGGGGGGACGAAAGAGAGACGGUCCAAAGAGUCGCUCCUGGAAAGAGCAGCCACCUGUUUUGCGAAGCCAACAAGUUUGGGAACUCAAAUGGGAGCGAACAGGGCCGCAGAGUGUAUCAUGUGUCUAGCAAGGAUGAACAAAUUUGCGUCUUCCCCCAGGAGGAGCAAAACAGCCUCGAAGGAAUCAUCAUGGGAAGCACAAGCAGCAUGCGAAGUGAAGACCGUAACGUUGAUAGGCCCUCUCAGGAGAGUAGCAAGGACUACCAUUGCCAUCGAAGUGCAGACGGAAGCAACCCAAACGAUGCACCGCCCAAUCGGAAGAAGAAAAAGGAGAAGAACAGCAGCAGCCAAAAGGAGUUCAGUGGGACAAACAAGCAGAAAAGAAAAAAAAAAAAAAAAAAAAUACUUAAUGUGCAAAAGUACUACGAGAGCAAUUCGGCCAACCUGUUCUGGAGUGACCUUCGAAAUUUGGGCAUACCGCAGGUGGAGCAGCUGACCGGGGUGGCGGAGAUGACGCAGGUGGAACGGCUGACCCAGGUGGAGCAGCUCACUCAUGCGAUGCACGCGGGUGGAGGCAGCCGAGAGGACGGGCCCAUUCAGGACAACCAGUUUGGCAACGUGAACCUACAGAGUACGCACAUAAAAAAAUACGAGCUACGGACCAAAAGAAAAGUUAAAUACGCUUGGCCAUCCAUAAUUAAGAAGCUACGGAGAGACGACUCGCGCUUGGUGUAUGACCCCUUUUUAUACAAUAGCACUUGGCGGAUAAAGAAGGCUUGA